AUGGUACGUAGUUUUCGGAUAUUAGUAGCACUUGUGAUUAUUAUUACAAGUUAUUGUUCAUUUGAUGUCUCACAAGGCGGCGGCGGCGGCAACAACCAGCUCCGAGUGGGGUUCUAUGGCGGCAGCUGCCCCAACGCCGAGGCUAUAAUCCGCGGCGUUGUCAGCGAAGCCGCCGCCUCCGACCCAAACAACGCCCCCAUCUUGCUCCGGCUUCACUUCCACGACUGCUUCGUUGAGGGAUGCGACGGGUCGAUUCUGAUAGAUAACCGUUCAGAAACAGACGAGAGACGAGCUUUUGGACACCAAGGGGUGCGAGGGUUCGAUAUAAUAGACAAGGCGAAGGCUCAACUCGAAGGCGUUUGCCCCGGGGUUGUUUCUUGUGCUGAUAUAGUUGCUAUGGCCGCCAGAGAUGCUGUUUUCUUGGCAAAAGGGCCGUGGUACGAGGUUGAAACAGGGAGGAGAGAUGGUAUGGUGUCGAAUAUAAGGUUGGCUGAUAAUAUGCCAGAUGUCGGUGAUUCUAUUCACAAACUCAAAGCCAAGUUUUUUGAGAAGGGCCUUACGGACAAGGAUCUUGUGCUUCUUAGUUCCGCGCACACAAUCGGAACCACGGCGUGCUUCUUCAUGAACGAUAGGCUCUACCACUUUCCGGCCGGCAUUGGGGGCGCCGACCCCUCCAUAAACCCUAGCUUCAUGCCGGAGUUAAAAAACACGUGCCCAGAGAAAGGUGACGUCAACGCUCGGAUUCCAAUAGACCACGGCAGCGAGAAGACAUUCGACAACCAAAUACUGCAGAACAUCCGAUCGGGCUUCGCCGUGCUGCAAUCGGACGCCAGGCUGUACCAAGAUCCGUCCACGAGAAGCGUUGUGGACUCCUAUUUCGGGCUGCUCAGCCCGUUUUUCGGCCCGUCUUUCGAGGCCGAUUUCGCUGCCUCGAUGGUGAAAAUGGGGAGGAUCGGUGUUUUGACGGGAGAGCUCGGCACAAUCCGGCGCGUUUGUUCGUCUUUUUAGUUGAUUAAAUAAAUUUUUAAAAAAAAAUUGUGGUAUGUGCAUGAAUAGAUAGAUAUUAGAGAGACUCGAGAUUUUAGCAGUUUCUGCAAAUUGAAUAAACAAUAAAAUUUAUUGUUUUGCUCAUGUGAGUUUGUUUUGUUUGUAAAUGUGAAAAUGACAACAGUUUCAGCUGUCACAUUAUUAAUUUUUAUUUUUAUUACUUGCGUUGUUGUAA